ACCUUAGCAAGUUGGGAGCUUCGCGCGCCGCCCCCGUCGCUGCAACUCGCAUCUUCCGCACACCACCUUUUAUGCCUUUUUUUUUCGAUACCUAUACAUAUGUUACACACGCGUACAUACACGCGCACGCAGCUACGUACACAAACGCACGAAACACACGUACGCGAGUGUAAAAUUUCAUGUUCAACGCGAGCCGAGCCUUUUGUGUAUCGGCGAAAUUACGAGUCGCGCUGCCUCUUUUCUCCUCCGCGACGCUCGUUCCAGUGAAAUACAGUGCCAGUGCCAGUGUUUUUCUUAUACUUGUUUCUCGAGUGCUGUUGGUGAAUUCGCGCCUCGUCCUACCACCUGACGAAACGCACUUUGUGAUCGAUUUCGCCGAAUGCGUUACCGUUAGAACUGCAUCUGACGUGCACAAAACGCAACGACCUGUGCAGCUGCCAAUCGAAUGGCUCCAGUGAUUCGAGACCCGCACUGCAGCAUUGUCGAUUGUGCUCUGUUUCUAAGCGCCAUUGCCAAUACUCCUUGUUGUUUAUCGUUGUUUGCAAUGCAACAUCGCUUCAAGAAUAUCUCGUAGUGUCGUCGUGCUAAAGCCGCAGUGAUUUUUAUACGUUCUUGCUCGAGCGAGAAUAGUAUAAUAUUGUGUUCGCCUCCGCUUGCCUCUGUUCGCAGCCAGCCGUAUUAUUGGCGAUUUCGCAAGUGUUUGUAUACAUAUUGUAUACAUCGUAUCUGUAAUAAUAUCCAAAAGUGCGGCGGAAAAAAUCUCAGUGUCAUCGCAGCCGGAAGUUGUUUUCUCGGCUAUUGUUUUGGUGCAUGUGUGCUUACUGUUUGGUGUCUCAGCGUUCGGUGUGUUUUUAGUGCCUGUGUGAAUAUGCAGAUCUGUGUAUACGUAUAAUCUAUCGAGUCUGCUGUGCUUGGCUCUGUGUGUGUGUGUGUGUGUCUGUGUGUGUUACACUUGCAUACCAGCUUCUCUCGCUGGUGCUCCGUGCAGGCUCUUUCUUUCCUGCCUGCUUGCCUGCCUCUCUCCACGGCUCCUUCGUGCGAGCGACCGCGUGGGCUUCUGCCCGCUGCUGCUGCUCCUGCUCGUGCCCUUGUACGCUGCACAUAGCAUACGAGCUAGCUGCAGUCUCUGCACUGCACAUUGCACGCGGGCCAGUCCUCUGUGCUCUCCGUUGCUGCUGCUGCUUCUUGCGCUGCCGAGAAAGAUCGCCGCCGUACGUUCCACAGGGGAAGAGGGGCGUGCAGCACGAAAAAAGCCACUUGUCGCUCGGCCUGCGCGUGACUGCAGCACCGGCAGCGUCUCUGCUGCUGCUUUUAUACGCUUCUCUCUGCAUAAGACAGCUGCUGCUCCUUCGACUGAACCAACGCAGAAUCGAUUCUGCUCUCGAGAUCAUAAGGGAAAAGCAGCCUUGGUGACGAUGCAGCCGGGCAGCACGCACCGGUGGUCAUCAAUCGAGGCAGCAGCAACGAAGGCAGCAUCGACCGCAAGAGCGUAGCAGAAAUCAUCUGUUCGGCCAUCGUCGGUAUCGGCAUCGACAUGGCAACAGCAGCAGCAGCACCAGCCGGCGCCAGCGCGUCGGCCACGGUCGAAUUGCAAAACGCCACCGGCCGACUGGCGAAUCUCGAGUUCCCGCCACCGCCGCCGUAUCCACCGCCUCGUGGCAACGCCAAAAACAACAAAGUACUGUUCGACGAGCAAACGGACAUCAUAAGCGAGCAACAGCACAACCAUCACAAUGUCUAUCAGCAUCGGGUGCUGGUGCACCACACGCCGCGUUCGGUGCACGACUACAGCUACGCCUAUUACGAAGCCGGGGUCGGCUCCGGGGCUGUCUCGAGUCUCGUGCAGUCGCCCGUCAAGUCCUGCUCCUCGGCCGCCAACGUCCGGGCGACGCCGCAGGAAUAUUGCCAGCAGGACUUUCACCUGAUCCAGCAGGCACCGCCGCUGCAACAGCCUCCGAGCCAACAAAAGCAACAGCAGCUGCAAAAACAGCAAAUGCAGCCGAGUCAUCGUUCAGAGAGCAGCGCUCCGAACUCGCCUCAGUUUGUCUCGGCUUACUCCGCGCUGCAGGACUAUGAUCUGCAGGAAUACAGAACGAAUCCGCACAAGAGGCACACUUACGUUACGAGAUACGGCACCGAAGAGAACAUCUACGAGGAGAUAUCCGAAAUCAACCGACAGUACCGGCGCGCGCUACAUGGCUCGAGGCGAUCGCUGGUCGCCGACGAGGUGCGAGAGGUCCAGUCUCGUCAUCAGCGAGUCCUCGGCGAGUUGAACCUCGACGUCGAGGCGAUGCUCAUGCCAACGAUGGCCGACCAUCAGAACGGCGACAGGGAGCAGAACGUCGUGGCCAUCAACGGCGGCGGCGCAGUGGCGCACAGCAACGGCAACGCCACGGAGCUGCAGAUGCUCGGCCACCACCACCACCACGUCCAUCACGAAAUGCUAUCGUCGCCCAUCGCGACGUGCGCCGCCGAUCUCGACAGUGGCUUCAGCGGCAGUUCCAGUGCCAGUUACAGAUCCGGUUUGGGUUCGCUGCGUCGUAGCCUCGGGAGGACUAGCACCCCGGAAAUCAUGAGCAACGGCCAUUACGUCGGCUGCAACGGCUCGAUGCCGCACCACCAGUCUCAUCAGUAUUACAACUUGCGUCAUCUACCGCUGCACUCGUUGCAACAGCAGGACCAGCAUCAGCUGCAGCAGCUUCACCAGCAACAGCUUCAGCAGCAUCAUCAUCGAAUGAACGGCACCGUGAGCGUCUCGAGCAACAGCAGCAAAGUCAAAGCUGCCAUGAUCUGGAAGAAGGGCUGGAAAAAACUGCAGGCGUUAGGAUCCCUAAAAAACGAUGAGCCGCGCUCGAGGUGUAGAUCCUGGGAUGACGUAGGUCCCGGCAGAAUGGACACCGCAGUCGUCGCAGUACCGGCUACUGGGCAACAGCAGCAAGUGUCCAGCGGCGCGAGCUCGGUAGUCGGGGUAGCCGCGGCUCAACAGCAACAGACGCAAUCUCCGCAGCAUCAGCAAGCGCAACAGCAGUCGACGGCACCGCUGCAACAACGCAAUAACCACAACGCCCAGAGCAACCAUCAUCGUCAGCACUCCAACAACUCGACUCAUUCGGUGAGAAGCGAAGACUCCUGGUGCUCCGCGAGCGAUCACGACAUGUCUUCCGAUGACGAGAGCGAGAAGAGCAACGUCAGUAUUAAGAGCAAUUGCCAACUGCGAAACACUUUGCACAAGGCUCGAACUUUUUGUGACAAAUGGCGAUCACAAAACAUCCGUAUCAGUAUCGGAUCAAAUUCGUCACCACAGCAUCAGCCUCAGCAGCAACAGCAACAGCAGCAGCAGCAGCAACAACCACAACAACAACAACAACCACAACAACAACAGCAGCAACAGCAACAACCGCAGCAAAAUCAGCAGCAACAACAGCAGAAUAUAGAGCAAUCGGUCGACAGCUCGUCGAAUCAGACGAGGAUGUUGGCUCGGUGGUUUAGCAUCAGACGCAAUUCAGCUCAUCAGUAUGACGUCGAUACGUCAUCCACUGAUAGCGCCUCUUUGUCCAGUCCCAUGAAGGUGCCACAAAUGCCGCAACUUAGUGAGGUGGAGGAAGAAAGCAGUGGAUCCAUUCAACAACAAUUUCAAAGCAUACACUCGAGGAAGCAGCCGCCACCGUCGUUGCCAACCGCUCCUUCCAAUCUUACACCGCAGCAACUCAAGCGGCGCCACAUCGUCGCGGCCAUCGUGCACUCGGAAAACAGCUACGUCUCUACGCUCCAGAGGCUCGUCAAUGAUUACAAAAAAGAACUCGAGGAAUCGUCUCCACCGAUAUUGAGCCAAUCAAAAAUUACUACGCUCUUCCACCGUUUACCAGAAAUUCUACAGUGCCACACUUUAUUCCGUAUAGCUUUAGCUGAAUGCGUUAAAUCUUGGGACAAAGACGAAAAACUUGGUGAUGUAUUCGUAGCAAGCUUCAGUAAAGCUAUUGUUCUUGACAUCUACAGUGGUUUCAUCAAUAAUUUUUCUGUCGCUAUGGAUUUGGCUAAGCAAGAAUCAAAACGCAAGACAGCUUUGGCUGAUUUUUUUAAGGUUAAACAAAUCAGUGCACACGACAGAUUAUCUUUCUUUGGUCUCAUGGUAAAACCAGUUCAAAGGUUUCCUCAGUUCAUACUAUUUCUGCAAGACCUACUGAAGUACACACCGCAAGGACAUCAUGAUCGCAUGUCUUUGCAAUUAGCGUUGACCCAACUAGAAAGUUUAGCCGAGAUGUUGAACGAAAGGAAGCGUGAAGCCGAACAGUAUCAAGCAUUUAAGGAGAUGUUACGUCACGUCUCGGGUAAAAUCGCGCAUCGGCCGCUUUCAUCGUCCUCGAGGUACCUUAUAAGAGAGGACAAUGUCACGCAACUGGAAUUUAAUCAAAAUGGCAUGAUCACUAAAUCCAAACGACGAAGAUUAUUACUUCUGAACGAUCUUGUAGUAUGUGUUUCGGUUACACCCAGGUCGGCUGAAGAUUUUUCCGCUAGCGAAAGACUCACCUUAAAAUGGACGUAUCCAGUGUCAGACAUAGAGAUACAAGACACGAGCACUUCACCAACGUUGAGCCGACUUUUGACCGCAGGAUUGAAUAAAGGGGGUAGCUUAAAGAGUGAUCGCAAUGGCGAGGGUGGACAAGCAGGAGCCGAUAUCCUUGGCGCUGAAAUGAACGAUCUUAUGCACGAUUACGAAGUCAUGUCUAGAAUCAGUGAUUUAGUUUCUCAGUUAAAAGGAUCUUACGAGGGGAUGACACAGGAUGUGAUAAAACAAAUUUUGCAAGGGAUACAAGGAUCUAUACAAGUUAAGAACGAGGAAAUGAUGUGGGCCGAUAGUUGUUGCUUGCAAUUAGUCACUAAGCAAGGUCAGAUGUACACGUUCCAAACAGAAAAUCCAUUAGUUAAAAAAGACUGGAUAACUGAGUUAAGACUAGCUCAGUUAGCGUUAGAUCCAAACAAUUCACCUUCCUGGGAGGUACCCGAACAAGAACAAAGACCGUCCACAAAAAUGCCUCUGUUUGUUACUUCGCAGUCCGUAUAUCAUUCUCCACAUCAAACUGAAGUUCGAUGUGGCUGUUAUUACGUAACCCAAAAUCCAAGGCCAACUAGGCGACGGGGUCGACAUCAAUCAUAUCUCUGGAUUUGUACGGAUGACGGUGUUUCCACUCAUGUAACAGUUUUUAAUCAAACCUCUGGCACAGGAACAUCAGCCACAACCCUCAAACAAGUCACUUCAUUCGAUCUUGUUGAGACACGAGUGGCUUCAGUUGAAUUUGUUAAAGGGUUUAGCAGUGAUUCGUCUUGUUUAGCUGGGGAUCUUGUUUGGAUGGGCACGGAUUCGCGUAAAAUUAUUAUCUAUACAGCAUCAGAGCCUGAAAAACAAGAGGAACUCGGCAGUUACCCUGUAUCCGGACCUGUUGUGCAAAUCAAGUAUCACUAUGACAAUAUCUUCGUUGCUUUGGGCACAGGAACCUUACUAAUGUUUAAAAGACACUUCGAUGGCGCCUGGAAUCUUAAAGAACCAUCCAUCAUUGGCUUAGGUACCGAUCCAGUCGCGUGUCUAAUGCCCAUCAACUCAUCGGUUUAUGCCGCUUGUGGAAAAAAAGUCUGGGUAUUAAAUGCUAUGACUGGCGAAAGUACAAAGAGUUUCAAUGCGCAUCAUGAACACGUGGGUAAUGUUAAACUUAUGGCUCAUUCGGGAGUUGGUCUUUGGGUUGCUCUAAAAAAUUCGAGUACUGUCUGUCUGUAUCACACGGAGACGUUCAAGCACUUGCAAGACAUCAAUAUUGCAUCUAAUGUACUUCGUAUCACAAAAUCAGGGAGCUGCAAUUCCAACAGUGGCGACAAUCUCAACAAUAAUCAAUCUGCUGUUACUGUAACGUCUCUUAUGGCGUGCAAAGGUUUGCUGUGGGUUGGAACUAAUGUUGGCAUCAGUUUAACCAUUCCAUUACCAAGAUUGGAAGGUGUACCGAUUAUUAGUGGCAGAGUUAAUAUUUCGUACCACGCGCAUUUUGGACCUAUUACUUUCCUGUUAUCCAUUCAAAAUAUGAGCAAGAGCAGCAUGGGCUAUCCUAAAGAUGAAGAACCCGAAGAAGAACAAGUUCAACUGAGGAACAAAGACGUUUCUGAGCAAAAUGGUCAUGCACAGCAGCAAAAAAGCGAUAGAGCCAGUCUCGAUGCAUCCAAUGCUUCUAACAUGUCAGCUAAUAUGAUCAAAUUUAAACAACAGCUUGCCAAUAGUCCAGUUAUGUCGAGAAGAAAACGUAGCAAAGAAAACGAAUACAGAGGCUCAAAAACUUUACCUCGUGGUUUAGGUUGUGGUGGUGGAUUUUUAUCAAGUUCCAUGUCCAGUUCUCAAAGCUCUGGAGAAAACUGCGAUGUGUAUGGACUUUAUGGUGAUUUGAUGAAUUUGAAGGAUUAUGAUAAUGAGAACGGAGCCGUUAUCGAUCCAGUUUAUGAAACCUUGAGACGUUCAGACCCGGAACUUGCUAUUCCUAACAAAGUCAGUACAUUGGAUCGACGUCUUAAAAUGAAAAUUACGAGACCACGUUCACUAGAUUUAUCCAACUGGUCUGUAGAUUCUCAUGCAAGUUCUUUAUACACAUCAUCUGGCUCCGAAGAAAAUUUGUCGCUAAAAGCAGGAAAAUUGUCACGAAAUAGUAGUAAUGCAAGUCGCAAUGGACCUCAACAAGAGUUACAACAACUCCAACUUCAGCAGCAGCAACAACACCAGCAUCAACAACAUCAACAACCACAACAACCACAACAACAGAUAGAAGCACAAACGCCCCAAAGUACAAGUACACCCAUAGAUACUAAAACAAUGAGUAAAACAGCGAAUAAUCAAUCAAUUAAAACCCAAGCUAAUAGUAAAACCAGUCAAUUAGAUCAACCGAAGCGCACGGUUCUAACUCUUAUGGGAGGUCGAGGAUACGUAAACUGGAGGCACGUAGGUGUCUCUUCAAAAGAAGACAAAAAUCAAAAGUCUGGACACUCUCUCAAAGAUCCUAAUAGUAAUGAUGCUCAUAUUGUACUUUGGGAAAUGAAAUUAUGAUACCGGAUCGCCCAGGAAUUAUUUAAACUUGCGGUUUUUCAUAAAAUUGAGGCAUUAUUUACUUCCGUAGCGUUUUCGAAUGCUGCGAUAAAAAAUGCGCACGAGCCAAUUUUCGUAUAAAUAGUAUUGUCCAGUCGUUGAAGCUUUUUCUACUUUUAUGAAAUAUUUAUUAUAACGUAUUUAUAUUACGAUAUUUUGAAAAUCACUUUGCUGGUACUAAAAAAUGUAGUCAGUUAGAUUUCGUAUUGACAGCACAAACAACGGAGCUUCAUACAGUCAUUGGAAAUGGAAAAAUAUAAAUAAACGAAACAAAAUGAUCUAUUAUAUAAACACUAUUAACUAGAUCGUUGUACUAUGAAUAUGUAGAUUUUCGUUCGUAAGAAAAUAAAACAAGUAACGAUGCGAUUAAUUUUCUGUUCAAUAUAAUAGAGGCAUUUGACACUGAUGGAAUAUACCGAAUGGUUGUAAAAAUAAAGUAUGUAAAUCAGGCGGCGUUUUAUAUGAAUUUAUGUUGAAUUGAAUGUUGCAAGUACAUUUAAGCGUUAAUAUUCUGGACAAUGGUUAUUAAGAAUCUCUCAAGAUUGGGAAGAAACUUAUGCCGGUCAAUACGUUUUUUCGAUCGCUGGUGUAUAAAUUUCUAUAAUGUAUUUGUCGAUGAUUACAGUUCAUUGAUAUAUUAUUAAAAAAUUUUAUCGGUUUCGGAUUUUGUACGUUGUUCAACGGUUUAUUGUGAAUUUCUAAAAAAAAAUGAAAGUAUGAAUUCAUUACUCGUAAAGGAAUAUAAAUCAACACACUGUUGUACUUGUGUUAUCAGUCUAUAUCAAAGGUUUUAGUCUAUAAUUUCUAAAUCUUUUUAAUGCAAAUAAGUUAUUUAUACUCACUGUAUAAAAGCAACGAUGCUUUGUAUAUGGACAUAUGAUUUAAUCAUUGAAAAAAUCUUCCAUUUUAUACUGUAAUGUAAAUCGAGUUGCGAAAAAAUAACAUUCUAUAAAUCAUUUAAUACUUUAUUGUAUGUUAGAUUUUUUAGACCAAAUGGUCUAUAUUUUGUAUAAAGUAGAGAUUAGAAAUUAAAAACGCAUUCAAUAUGAGAAUGAAUUAUAUAAUUGGUAUUAUUUUUAGCAAAUCGUGUUAAGCCGUUUUUCGUUCGAGAUUUAUUAUUAAGCCUUAGUAAAAUAUCUUGUUUUAGAUCUGAUAAUAUCUGUUCUCGAAAAUUUAAAAAAUAUUUUUCAAAUAUACUUUAAAUUGUAUAUAACUUUUGUGUAAUUUUAUAAAUUCGCGACUAUAUCUCUUUUACUGUUUGCAAUGUUUAAAAUUAACUUUUAGAAACUUUUAAGGUUUUUAAAUUAGCAAACCGGUUAUAACAUACUAUUGGCACAGAGUCUCAACACUUAGUAUAAUUGUUAUUAAAGAAUAUAGUAAUGUUAACUAAUUGGAUAUGAAUACCAAAAACUUUAUCUCUAUUUGUAAAAAGACUGUAAGAAUUUUGUUAUAACUAAUGCAACCUUGUGUAUAAUUUGGCAGCAUAAGCACGUACAAUUCAUCAAAAUAAUUUUCAUAACAUUGAAACAAGAGUGUUCUCAUGUUAGUUGAAUUGUACUGUAAAAAAAAUUUUAGAUGUAGAUAUAUCAAUCGAUACCAUGACCCAUCAUGCAGUACUUUUCAUAAAUGCAAUGGCAGUAUUGUACAAAAUACUUUCUUCAAAAAUAUUAAUAAUUAAGAAUAACGUUAAAUUUUUAAUAUUUUUCUGUUGUGAUAAGCUUAUUCACUUACACAUACAAAUUUAACAUCAGUUACCCAGUGAUGAGGUACGAUGCAGCAACUAGUUAGAAGUUAUUUUGUAUUACAAAAAUAUUUGUAAAUAUAAUUUUUAAGCAAUUACAAUUAUAGUUUCAAUAAAUCAAGUUAAAAUUUUGUAAUUCAUUUGACAAAAAUUCUCUUCUUCUGUUGUAUUUUUAGUAAAAUUCAAUAAUGACAAUAAAAAAUAUUAAAAUUUAAAUUAAAAAUUAUUUUUCAUU